ACACAAACUAAACAAAAAAAUCUCACUCCAGCCAUCACCCCCACAAAACCUAGCGUCCCCUCCCUACUAUAAGAUCCCUCCUUUCCUUUAGCCUCCUACUCCUCCUUAUCCACCAGGCCGCGCAGCCCUUCUGCGCGCAGGACCACCGGAAACCAUGCAGAUCUUUGUCAAAACCCUAACCGGGAAGACUAUCACUCUCGAGGUCGAGUCCUCCGACACCAUCGACAAUGUUAAGGCCAAGAUCCAGGACAAGGAGGGCAUCCCACCGGACCAGCAGCGUCUCAUCUUCGCCGGCAAGCAGCUCGAGGACGGCCGGACCCUAGCCGACUACAAUAUCCAGAAGGAGUCGACGCUCCACCUUGUCCUCAGGCUCAGGGGUGGCGCCAAAAAGAGGAAGAAGAAGACCUACACCAAGCCGAAGAAGAUCAAGCACAAGAAGAAGAAGGUCAAGCUCGCCGUGCUCCAGUUCUACAAGGUCGAUGACUCCGGAAAGGUACAGAGGCUCCGCAAAGAAUGCCCCAACUCUGAGUGCGGAGCAGGAACCUUCAUGGCCAACCACUUUGACCGCCACUAUUGCGGCAAGUGUGGCUUGACCUAUGUUUACCAGAAGGCUGGUGGUGAUUAGAUUCUGCUAUUAGAUGUUAGUGAUACUCUCUGUUUCUGCGGCGUUAUUUAUAAUAUAAAUAGCGAAUACUGCUAUGGAUCUGAACUGCUAGGUUUUUUGUUCCCUAAUUUCCUUGAAUUGGGGAUGAUUAUCGAUUUAUAUUCGUCUUAAUUUUGAUUGAUUGUGCUUUUGGGAUUA